UGUGUUGGGGCACCUAGAAGAGUCCUAUUACUCUCUGAACAAUGAACAACAGUGUUCUUCUUGAAGAAGAGCUGAUCAAAAAGUCCCAACAAAAGAGAAGGACAUCUCCCUCCAACUUUAAAGCACGAUUAUUCAUUUUAACGAAAUCACGGCUGGCAUAUUUUGAGCAUCGUCUUGGGAAAAAAAGAAUUCUAAAAGGCUCGAUAGAACUGUCGAAGAUUAAGUGUGUAGAAAUUGUGAAAAGUGACAUCACAAUUCCAUGUCACUAUAAAUAUCCUUUCCAGAUUUUUCAUGACAACUAUCUGCUGUACGUGUUUGCUCCCAGCCAAGCGAGCUGUCAGAAAUGGGUACUGGCUCUGAAAGAAGAAACUAGGAGCAACAACAAUUUGGUGGCAACAUUUCACCCAAAUUUCUGGAUAGAUGGGAGAUGGAGAUGCUGCGCUCAGGCAGAAAAGCUGUCAACAGGCUGUGUGGAGUAUGUUCCAGCCAAGGCUGUCUCCAAGAAACCUCUUCCUCCAACUCCAGAGGAUGACUUGAGAUUUCAAGACCCCAAGGAAUCUCCAGUAAUAGCCAUUUAUGACUACACUGCCCAGGAUCCUCAGGAGCUGGCAUUACGGUGCAAUGAAGAAUACCAUGUAAUUGAUAACUCUGAGGUCCACUGGUGGUUGGUUCAGGAUAAGAAUGGGCAUGAAGGAUAUGUACCAAGCAGUUAUGUGGUAGAAAAAUCACCAGAAAAUCUGCAAAUAUAUGAGUGGUACAAUAAGAGUAUCAGCAGAAGCAAGGCAGAAACGCUGCUCAAGGAAGAGGGUAAGGAAGGAGCCUUCAUGGUGAGAGAUUCAAGGCUCCCUGGCACAUAUACAGUCUCUGUCUUCACAAAAUCUUUGAGCAAUGAGAACAACCCAGUUAUAAAACAUUAUCACAUCAAGGAGACAAGCGACAGCCCCAAGAGAUACUACCUGGCAGAGAAGCAUGUUUUUGAUUGUAUCCCAGCACUGAUCAACUAUCACCAACACAAUGCAGGAGGUCUCGUUACUCGUUUGAGGUAUGCUGUUUGCUCCUGGAGAGAAAAGGCUCCUGUUACUGCUGGGCUAAGCUAUGGAAAAUGGUUGAUUAAUCCCCAGGAACUGACAUUUGACCAGGAGAUUGGCAUUGGCCAGUUUGGGGUGGUGCAUCUUGGCUACUGGCUUGAUCGGAUGAAAGUGGCCAUAAAGACCAUUCGCACAGGAGCAAUGUCAGAAGAAGACUUUAUUGAGGAGGCCCAAGUCAUGAUGAAACUAUCUCAUCCCAAACUAGUCCAGCUGCAUGGGGUAUGCAUGCAACAUGCUCCUAUGUGUCUAGUGUUUGAAUUCAUGGAGCAUGGAUGUUUGUCUGAUUACCUAAAGAGGCAGCGGGGGAGCUUCUCAAAGGAACAGCUCCUUGGAAUGUGCCAAGAUGUGUGUGAAGGAAUGGCUUAUCUGGAGCAGGCAUCUAUCAUCCACAGAGACUUGGCUGCUCGGAAUUGUUUGGUAGGAGAAUUCCAAGUUGUCAAAGUGUCAGAUUUUGGAAUGUCACGAUAUGUUCUUGAUGAUCAGUAUACCAGCUCCAUGGGCACCAAAUUCCCCAUCAAAUGGUCAGCACCAGAGGUUUUCUCCUAUAGUCGAUAUAGCACCAGAUCUGAUGUAUGGUCAUUUGGAGUAUUGAUGUGGGAGAUAUUUAGUGAAGGCAAAAUCCCUUAUGAGAACCGGACCAAUGCUGAAGUGGUGGAAGAAAUCAGCGCUGGUUUACGUUUGUAUAAACCCAGACUGGUCUCCAAUACCAUUUACAAGCUCAUGAGACAUUGUUGGAGUGAGAAGCAAGAGGACAGACCACCUUUCUCUUCCCUGCUCUACCAGCUCAAUGAAAUCUCUGAAUCUGAUCUUUAACUAAAGGUCAAAGGAUGCUGCUUCUUAAUUUGAAAAUAUACAAAAAGCAAGUUGAUGCUUAUGCAUGCAGUGGCCAGAUGUAUCCAACGUUUAAAUUAUGAGAUAGUCAACCUGGGACAGAGAUUCUGGCAGGAAUCCUGGCUUUUUAAAAGAGCUACAGAUUGUGAAAACAGAUAAUGCAAGAUGCUUCAGGGCUGUGUCCAAUAAUCUAUUCAGUGAGGAUCCUGGACCUUAUAUUCAGUUUCGCAUGUUGAUACUGAUGACUAUGACCACCACCACCACACUUAGAAAAAAAAAGAUCUGCCACUGCUUUACAGAGAUGAAGCUUUUUUAUUGAAAAAUGUUCCAUUUGAAGGGGAACUGGGAUAUGACUCUGAUCCUCCAAACCUGCUUGAAGCUGAGUUCAUAAACAAAUGUUUUUGACAGCAGAUUCAAAACACAAUCUUCUUAAAAAAUAAAUUGCAUGGAUUAACAGAUUUAAUAGGACACCAUAGGGGCAGGUGGGACUAGCUGCUGCAUCUUAUACAUUGGGAAAUUUAAGAAUGGAUUGCUUGCUCUGCUACUGGGGAAAGAAAUUAUACAAUAUUAUACAAUAUUUUUUUAAAAACUGGUGUUUUCCCUAUGAGUCUGGCCAUCACAGCGGGUAU